CCAUAACCAAUACCGGAGAUCAAAUUCGGCCGACCACGUUACCUAACUGAACUACUGAAGAUUCAAGAUAGUCGUGGAAGCAAAAUAAACCAGGCAGCCAGGGAACGCUCAAGCUCCACUCUUUUAAACUCAAUCUUUCGAUUCUUUCCUUUCUUCUCUCCCGACUCCCUGAACAGAUAAUAGAAACUGGUGACACUCUUCAAUGUCGCACCUCGCGUUAUCAGCUACAGCUACGCUCCCUCAUUUUAACAGAACUGUAAAGAGACUGAAUAAAGUAUUUCCCAUUUUUACUGGACGAUAUGCAUUCAAAUCUUCACUAUAUGGAAAUUUCCAAAGGAAAGGAUUCUCCAUCUGCGCUUCAGCUAAUACAGGGAUGAGUGGGGAUGUUGCAGAAGUAUCUGAACGGGAGCAAGAUUUGAAGCAUUAUAUAUGGCCAGACAAGAAGAGGCCUAGGGUAUGCAUAUUAGGCGGUGGAUUUGGAGGUUUAUAUACAGCUUUAAGACUGGAGUCUCUUACAUGGCCUGAUGGCAAGAAACCUCAAGUACUUCUCAUUGAUCAGUCUGAUCGUUUUGUUUUCAAGCCAAUGCUUUAUGAACUUCUAUCUGGAGAAGUGGAUGAAUGGGAAAUAGCUCCCCGAUUUUCAGAUUUACUGGCAAGUACUGAGGUUCAAUUUAUCCAGGACAAAGUGAAACUUCUUCAUCCCUAUGAUAUGCCCAGAAGUGGUGCUGAGAGACACCAGUGUGCUGGAAGCGUGCAACUCGAAAGUGAUUUUCUUAUAGAAUAUGACUGGUUGGUUCUUGCUUUGGGGGCUGAACCGAAGCUUGACAUGGUCCCAGGAGCUGUAGAAUAUGCUCUGCCAUUUUCCAAUUUUGAAGAUGCAUGUAAAGUUAACAAUAAGUUAAAAGCGUUAGAGAGGAAGUAUUUUGGCAAGGGAUGCCCAAUCAAGGUGGUAAUUGUUGGGUGUGGUUACUCUGGGGUGGAAUUAGCUGCAACAGUUUCGGAAAGACUGAAGGAUAAAGGAAUUGUGCAAGCAAUUAAUGUGCAAAAUACAAUCUGUCCAUCUGCUCCACCUGGUAACAGGGAAGCUGCCUUAAAAGUGCUUUCAGAAAGAAAUGUUGAGCUUCUUUUGGGGUAUUUUGUUAAUUCCAUAAAAAGAUCUGCUGAUAUUGAGGUACUGAACCAGUUUGUAGACAGUGGAAAUAUUGGCAUGCAACAAGAGGCUAAAGAACUUGUAGUAGAAAUCCAGCCAGCUGAAAGGGGCAUGCAAGGUCAAAACCUGGAAGCAGAUUUAGUUUUGUGGACUGUUGGCAAUAAACCUCGCCUUCCUCAAUCGGAUCCCAGUGGUAAACCCAACAUGCUUCCUCUGAAUGGGAUAGGACAAGCGGAAACUGAUGAAACCCUUCGGGUAAAGGGUAACCCACGGAUAUUCGCAGUAGGUGACUCCUCUGCUUUGAGAGACUCCAGUGGAAAGCUUCUUCCGCCUACUGCACAGGUAGCUUUCCAGCAAGCAGAUUUUGCUGGCUGGAAUAUAUGGGCAGCAAUCAACGAUCGUCCUCUCCUACCUUUCAGGUUUCAAAAUUUGGGAGAGAUGAUGAAUCUAGGGAGAUAUGAUGCUGCUGUCACUCCAAGUUUCAUUGAUGGAUUAACCUUGGAAGGUCCUGUUGGCCAUGCAGCGAGGAAACUAGCGUACCUCAUCAGGUUACCAACUGACCAACACAAAGUUAAAGUUGGAUUAAGCUGGUUCGCGAAAGAAGCUAUUGAUUCUGUUGCAACUCUGCAGACUACCCUAACCAAAGUCCUUUCGGGCUCCUCAUAGUAUUUUGCAAGUCUUGUAAUAUUUCAUAAUUUCCACUGCUAUGUAUUCUUCCCCUGUUGCUUCACUUGGGUCCAUUGUUGGAAAAAAUGAUCCACUUGCUGCUAGCUAUUAGGGAGUUCUUCGUAUGUUAAAUUGACUGAUUAAAUAUGUACGAAAGCUGAGAUUUUUUUUAAAUUUUCUUUUGAGUCGUGAAAAUUCAAAUAUAUAUCGCAUACGUAUACAAUUUUACUCUGUAAGGUGAUAGUGUGAUACUGCACAAUAAAUUACUCCAUCCGUCCUGGAGUACUUGUACCGGUUUGACCGCCA